CUGCGGUCGGUCGCGAACGCCUUAGCCCUUUUCGCGCGCGAAAUCUUCAAUAAAAACUAUAUUAGAGCAAAAACUUUAAAAUGUGUAAAACCGAUAUAACUUAAUGAUUAACCUAGUAAUAUGGACUUAGUUAAAUUGUUAGUGAUAAAUAAGUGACAAUUAUUUAUUUCGGUAAUGAAUUAAUAACAUUUCACCUUCGCCUAAAUUCAUUAUUUAAGGAGAUAAAGCAGAUGAUAACGAAUCAAUCAUGGAUCCUGAAAUAAUAAUCGAAGAGAUGGAACUACAAACGACGCCAAGCACAUCCUUUUUUACGACAAUUUACCCAGAAUACGAAAAUCAAAGCUCGUGGACAAAUGUAACCGAUGUCAAGGAACAAAGUGUCAAUUUUUACUAUUUUUUCGAUUCUGUACAGUUUACGGUGAUGUGGGUGCUGUUCGUACUAAUUGUGGUGCUGAACUCGUCAGUGAUAGCGGCACUGCUCUGUACCAACGCGAGGAAGAGUAGAAUGAACUUUUUCAUCAUGCAGUUGGCGAUUGCAGAUCUCUUCGUCGGACUGAUUUACGUGUUUGUUGACAUAAUUCAGAAAAUAACAAUCGCUUGGUAUGCGGGAGAGUUUAUGUGUAAAGUCGUCAAAUUCCUCCAGGCCGUGGUUAUGUACGCGUCUACAUACGUUCUCGUGGCUUUAAGUAUAGAUCGUUGUGACGCAAUUACUAAUCCAAUGAACUUCUCUGGAAGCUGGAACCGCGCUAGAGGUCUUAUAGUAUCCGCGUGGCUCAUAAGCAUAAUUUUCUCCAUACCUCUAUUAAUUUUGUACGAAGUUAAAGAAGUUCAAGGGCAGCUACAAUGCUGGAUAGAUUUAGGCACUCCUCGAAGAUGGCAGAUAUGGAUGUCAAUGGUGUCGGUGAUGAUAUUUGUACUGCCAGCACUGGCUAUAGCAGCGUGCUACGCAGUCAUAGUGCUGACCAUUUGGACAAAGAGUAAGGCCGUAGUUAUGAGCCCACCUAUCAACUCCCGGAGGACUAAGACUAUGAGAAACGGCCAAGUGGAAUGCGACCCAGAUUCAAGACGCGCGAGCUCCAGAGGUCUGAUACCAAGAGCGAAAAUUAAAAGUGUCAAAAUGACCUUCGUUAUUGUAUUUGUAUUCGUGUUGUGUUGGUCACCGUACAUCGUGUUCGACCUGCUACAAGUAUACAACCACAUCCCGCCCACGCAGACCAAUCUGGCGAUAGCCACUCUCAUCCAAAGCUUGGCUCCGUUAAAUUCUGCGGCCAACCCCUUAAUAUGCUGCAUGUUUUCGCCGCACAUUUACGCCAGUCUCAGACGAGUCCCGCCGUACCGUUGGCUGUGGUGCGGCAGAUCGCACAAGAGACACGCACGCGGCACACAGCGCUCGCGAUCUGACUCCACCGCAAACUCUGACCUGCUUAGUUCUACGCAUGCACGACGGUCACACUCUGUAGCAACGGUCCUAAAUCGAACUCGCAGCAGCAGCAUAUCAAGAUCGCAGCCUGACAAUCGCCGUAGCCAACUCCUGGUGGUAAUUUCAUCCCGGGACUGACAACGGACGCCCGCUUCUGUACCCGAUGAUGACGUCAUGCUUUAACCACACGAGACGGGACGGGAACGACACGGGCUGAUUCAACUGAUGUAUUUAAAAAUCCUAUUUAUAAUUGUAUAACGUAACUU